CACCAGGUCGGUGACAGGCACCGGCGGGGGGCACUUGAGAGGCGACCCCUGAUUGGGAAGGCAGCGUCAUAGGGCCACCUCCCGGGCAGACAGUCCUGGCGGCGCCCCCGGGGGUGGGGGACAAACGUGAGCCCGCGACCUUCGGAGCCUUCCCUCGCUGCUACCCGAGCUGGGGAGCUGGUUUCCAGGUGUCCUGGCCGAGGCGCCUCCCCGCCCCUGACCCUGCCCCUGCCGCGCCGGACAGGUCCAGAGGGGACCGGCCCGGCCCGCGUCCUCCUCCCACUCAGUGCCGUCAGCUAAAAGCUGACGGCUCCAGGGGGAACCUUGCGCACGUCCCGGGCCGGGGCGGCGGGGAGACCCGCGCGCCUUUGUCUCCCCAAGAACACAAGUUUCCCGGGGGGCCUGGAACCGGCGCCGCGACAGGACAAGGCCCAGGGGAGGACGGUGCCAUGGAGCCCGGCGGGGCGCAGCUGCGCGGUUCCGAGGCCCCAGGACCCGCGCCCUCUGAGGAGGCCCAGGCCGCCCAGGCGCUUCCCGAGGCGGAGGUCCUCGGCGUGGAGGGCGGGGCCCCCGAGGCUCCGCCGGGGAACUGGGCCCUGUCCUCGGAGGAGGAGGUCGCCCCCUCGGGCGCGGAGGACCCGCGCGAACGCCGCCGCCCGCGUGCGCGCUCCUUCUCGCUGCCCGCGGAGCCCAUCCUGCAGGCGGCGCAGCUCCUGCAGCAGCAGCCGGGCGCGCAGAGCGGGGAGCAAGCCGGGGACGCGCCGCACCGCCCCGGCGACUGCUGCGCGAAGUGCAAAAAGCGGGUGCAGUUCGCUGACGCGCUGGGGCUGAGCCUGGCCAGCGUGAAGCACUUCAGCGAGGCCGAGGAGCCGCGCGUGCCGCCCGCCGUGCUCUCCCGCCUGCACAGCUUCCCCAUGCGAGCCGAGGACCUGGAGCAGCUCGGGGGACUGUGGGCCUCGGCCACUGGGCGCGCGUUCCUCCCCGCGCCGCCGCCUCCGCCCCGGCUGCGGCCGCUCUUCCAGCUCCCGGGGCCAAGCGAGGCGGCCGAGCGCCUGCGGCGACAGCGCGUGUGCCUGGAGCGCGUGCAGUGCCCCGCGCCGUCGGGCGCCGAGGUGGCCGGCUCCGGGCGUGUCCUGCGCUGCCCCGGCACCCGCACUGUGGCGGUGCGCUACACCUUCACCGAGUGGCGCACCUUCCUCGACGUGCCCGCCGAGCUGCGGCCCGAGCCACAGUCGCCAGGCGCGCCGUCGGGGGUCUCCGGAUCCGGGUCGGGGGGUGCCGAGGAGGAGCCAGAGCUGGAGGCCGAGUGCUUCAGCUUCUCGCUGUGCCUGCCCCCAGGCCUGGGGCCCCGGGAAGGCGAGGACGGGCACGCGCAGGAUGCCACCGUCCACUUCGCCAUCUGCUACACCUGCUCACAGGGUGAGUUUUGGGACAACAACUCCGGUGCCAACUACACGCUGUGCUAUGAGAACUCCAUGGACCCGCUCUGAGCGCAGGGCGCCGUGGGGAGCAACUGCUCCGGGCCGAUCAGGGACGUUGUGCUGAGCGCCGUGUAUCCAGCAUGAAGGGAGCGUGGAGGAACCGAGGACCGAGGACAAAGCGCAGAACCUUAAACUCGCAACCCAGGCACAGCCCCGUGGGCCUGGUGCCCGGGCUUCUCCUCCACCUUCCUAACUGAGCUCUGGAACUCCCAGCCUGCCUCUUAAUUGAGCUGCAGAAAUCCCAAAGACCCCUAGGAAAAGCUUCCCUGCUCCUCAGCUCCGUGACCCUGCGUUUUGUUUUUAACUCAGAUGUCAGUAUUUCCUCCUUUGCAGCUUGGAGCUCCGCAGGGAAGGCAUUAGGCGCCCCUCCACGGAGCGGAGCACGCACUGAGAAGAGGCAUGCGUGGGGACCUCAGAACCUCCCUGUCCUGGAGAAAAGUGGACGGAGGCUGGGUCACAGGGUCCUUUGCCUUUAACUGACAUGUGGGGAAUGUUUGCCCAGACUUAAUGCUUUUUACUUGUGCAAAUAGUGGACAAGUGUCCUUUUGAAAAGUAAAGGUUACUUGUGCACCUGUUUGUGCUGUAUCUUAGCUUUACAGUAUCUUAGCUUUACAGCGCUCAGGCCAUCUGCUGAUGCCACCGAGCACAUUAAUAAUUGUUAAGGAAACCCUCACAGAUUUCCCUUCUUUGGUCUCUUGUCCAGUGUGGCGGGACUCAGAAUUCAAUGUUUUUCGGACUGUGUUUAGAAAUGUUCUGGCCUGGCCAAGAUAAACUGUAGCCUGGAUUUGAAUGGCACAGUAACACAGUUGGUGUGGCCCUGAGCCACAGGAAACCAUCACCCAGCCCCUUUGCUCAGAGUAGCGCCUGUUAUCCGAGCUGGACCGUUUGCAGGCAGAAAGGAUGCCAAGCACAAGGGGCAGGUAGCAUUUCAUCCCUCUCAGAGCCACAGUCAGGCUGGACUGCUUAGUGGCUCAUAUGAAGUUGCCCACUGCUGGUGGCUUUGGAUGCCAGGAAAAGGUGGCCAAGCCUCAGCCUACAGUUGGGUGUCCUGGCAGGGACCUGAUUCCAUCACACCGUGGUCAUCACUUCCUUGGCUAACUUACCUUUUAAAAACAUUUCCUCUUUUUUUUUUUGCACAAGGCUAAUAGCAUUUAUUGGCUAUUUAUUGGUGGCAUUGACGGAGGAAGGUUUUCAUUGUUCUGACCGACAGGAGUCCAGGUACAAAAGAUCCCGAACUACAUGUGGCCCAGCAUCUCUUUGGCAGGUGGGCCCAAGAGUGGCUUUGAUUAGUUGCAAAAGCCCAAAAGAAGAUCCUAUUGCAACAAGAAAAUUACAUGAAAUUCAGAUUUGGCAUCCAUAAAUAAACUUUCCCUGGAACACAGCCACGCACAUUUAUUUAUGUAUGUCCCACAGUCACCGUCAUGCUGCCAUGGCAGAGCCGGAUAGCUGCAGCGGAGACCAUAUGCAGAGUGUGAAAUAUUUACUGCCUGGCCCUGCAUGCCAGGCCCUGGCCUGCCUUGUGUUCGUAACACUGUGCGGGGUCGCAGUUAACAAGGCAGUUAACCUUUAGUGAAUUUACCAUGUAAAGUAAACCUCCUCUGAGAAAA